AUGAUCAUUGAGAAACUGAAGAUGGGCCACAUGAAGAUUGAGGUGGAGUACGACUACAGGAUUGGAAAACCCACCACCGGCCCAAGUAACAGGUCCAGGCAGAUAGUGGUCAAGUUCCUGAGGUUCAAGGACAAACUACGGAGUAACAGUAACAGCAGUAGAAGUGUCAGCAGUAGCGAUAGCAGCAGCAGCAGUAACAGCAGUAGAAGUGUCAGCAGUAGCGGUAGCAGCAGCAGCAGUAACAGUAGUAGAAUUGUCAGCAGUAGCGGUAGCAGCAGCAGCAGUAACAGUAGUAGAAGUGUCAGCAGUAGCGGUAGCAGCAGCAGCAGUAACAGUAGUAGAAUUGUCAGCAGUAGCGGUAGCAGCAGCAGCAGUAACAGUAGUAGAAGUGUCAGCAGUAGCGGCAGCAGCAGCAGCAGUAACAGCAGUAGAAGUGUCAGCAGUAGCGGUAGCAGCAGCAGCAGUAACAGUAGUAGAAGUGUCAGCAGUAGCGGCAGUAGCAGCAGCAGUAACAGUAGUAGAAGUGUCAGCAGUAGCGGUAGCAGCAGCAGUAACAGUAGUAGAAGUGUCAGCAGUAGCGGUACCGGUAGCAGCAGCAGUAACAGUAGUAGAAGUGUCAGCAGUAGCGGUAGCAGCAGCAGUAACAGUAGUAGAAGUGUCAACAGUAGCGGUAGCAGCAGCAGCAGCAGUAACAGCAGUAGAAGUGUCAGCAGUAGCGGUAGCAGCAGCAGUAACAGCAGUAGAAGUGUCAGCAGUAGCGGUAGCAGCAGCAGCAGUAACAGCAGUAGAAGUGUAAGCAGUAGCGGUAGCAGCACCAGCAGCAGUAACAGUAGUAGAAGUGUCAGCAGUAGCGGUAGCAGCAGCAGUAACAGUAGUAGAAGUGUCAGCAGUAGCGGUAGCAGCAGCAGCAGUAACAGUAGUAGAAGUGUCAGCAGUAGCGGCAGCAGCAGCAGCAGUAACAGCAGUAGAAGUGUCAGCAGUAGCGGUAGCAGCAGCAGCAGUAACAGUAGUAGAAGUGUCAGCAGUAGCGGCAGUAGCAGCAGCAGUAACAGUAGUAGAAGUGUCAGCAGUAGCGGUAGCAGCAGCAGUAACAGUAGUAGAAGUGUCAGCAGUAGCGGUACCGGUAGCAGCAGCAGUAACAGUAGUAGAAGUGUCAACAGUAGCGGUAGCAGCAGCAGCAGCAGUAACAGCAGUAGAAGUGUCAGCAGUAGCGGUAGCAGCAGCAGCAGUAACAGUAGUAGAAGUGUCAGCAGUAGCGGUAGCAGCAGCAGCAGUAACAGCAGUAGAGGUGUCAGCAGUAGCGGUAGCAGCAGCAGCAGCAGU